AUGAAGAGCGAAGACACGGAAGCAAUGCUUGUUGUGGCGGAGGCCAUCGACCGGGAGAGGCAGGAACUGCACGAAGUGCGCCGAGAGGUCUUCGGCCUCCUAAUCGAGGAGGCCUGGCGCGCCGCCAUGCGCAGCCGCCACUAUUUGACCGGGUCCUCUUUCUCUCAUCUACAGCUUACCGGGUCCAAGAGUACGUGGACGGCCGCCAAAGUUCCGUAA